AUGGAUUAUCAAGUGUUUCAGAACUACCACCAGGACUGUGAGGCUGAUGUCAACAAACAGAUCAACCUGGAGCUCAAUUCCUCCUGUGUAUAUCUGUCCAUUAUUUAUUUCCACUCCUCGUACUUUGACCGGGAUGACGUUUCCCUGCUCCACUUUGCCGAGUUCUUCAGGAAGCGGGGCCAUGAGGGACGGGGGCAGGCUGAACAAAUUGUGGGAUUCCAGAAUCGGCGUGGAGGCCGAAUCUUGAUGGCAGACUUCAAGAAGGCAGAGCAGGAUAAGUGGAGCAACGCUCUGGCGGCAAUGUGGAGAGAUCUGCACAUGGAGAAGGACGUGAACCAGUGCCUGCUGGAUCUGCACAAACUCGCCACUCAUCACGCUGAUCCUUAUCUGCGUGACUUCCUGCAGAACAACUACUUGGAUGAAAAAUUGAAGAUUAUUAAGAAGCUUGAAGAUCAGAUCACCAACCUGAAGAGACUUGGAGCGGCUGGGAAUGGUCUUGGAGAGUACCUGUUUGACAGAUUCUCCAUGGAUUGACUGCAGAAUCGGCAGUUCUCGUUAAGCCGAAAAUGCCCCACAUUGUAAUGGGGAAUGUACAGCUUGUUCCUGUUUCCUUAUGCU